UGCCCCCCAUAAUUUAUUGCCCCCCCCCCAAAAGCCACCAACCAGUGGUUCAUCCCGGCGGUGCGGGGCGACAUCCCACCGGGCUGCGCCGCCUACGGCUUCGUGUGCGACGGCACCCGGCUGCUGGUGUUCGGGGGCAUGGUGGAGUAUGGCAAGUACAGCAGCGACCUCUACGAGCUGCAGGCCAGCCGCUGGGAGUGGAAACGGCUGAAGGCGAAGACCCCCAAGAACGGCCCCCCCCCCUGCCCCCGGCUGGGCCACAGCUUCUCGUUGGUGGGCAACAAGUGCUACUUGUUUGGGGGGCUGGCCAACGACAGCGAGGACCCCAAAAACAACAUCCCACGGUAUGGGGGGGGUGGCGUUGUGGGGGGGCAGGAUGUGGGGCAGGGGGGUCGGGAUGUGGGGUAGAGGAGUCGGGAUGUG